CCACAGGUGCAUAUAACCUUCAAGGAUGUGGCCGUGCGGUUCUCCCAGGAUGAGUGGCGUCUCCUGGAGGAGGGGCAGAGAGUGUUCUACCAAGACGUGAUGCAGGAGAACUAUGCAGUGCUGGCCUCCCUGGGGACAGCUGAACGCCUCCCACUCUCUGCUUUCCUGUCACCAACGGAGCCUGAGGGGACCAUGAGAGGUGCGGACAGUCCUGAUGAGGAGCCAGACCCUCAUGGCCGAGGAGGCUCCUGGAGAGGACCUCCAAGAUGCAGCCUGCCUCUCUCUGCCCUGGUGCAGCUGGUGAAGGGGAUCCCAGAAUUCCUGUUCAGGGAGGUCCCUGAGAGCAGCGGGGACAGCUCAAGGGAGAGCCCAGCAGGACUCUCUCCUGGGAGCAGUCCCUUGCAGGGUCUCAUUGACUGCCUGAGAGAAAUCCUUGUGCCAGGGUCCCAGCACCCUGAAGUUCCCCCAAGCAGACUGCGCUCCUACCCCACUCUGAGCAGCUGGAGGCUCCCUGGGCUGGAACUGGGGUCUGGACAGUCCCCCCAAGAAGUGAAGAUGGAGGCUGCUCCUGAGACCUGUGUACUCCAGGGUCGGUUGGACCAUCCAAAGGCUUUGGAAAUCUGCCACAGCCACCCCAGUCUCCUAGGAGCAGGGCAGCUGGCACAGCGGGAAGAGCCAUGGGCCCAGGAGCGGGAUUCUGGAGCCAGCAGGGCCUCAAGCUCCCCACUGGAAGCACUGGAGGCCUGUCUGAAGGGCAUUCCCCUGAAUGGGUCAUCAGCUCCCCAGCCUCCCACCACCUCAUGGUCCUGGGGCCCUCAACAAAGAGCGCUGGGGUCUCCAAGGCCUGAGCUGAGGCCCCACGGAAGACACAGCACAGGGCCAGCCACCAAGCUCUCCCCGCUGCACUGCCUGGAGAACUUUCUGGAAGGGAUGUUGCCCGUGCAGCCCCUGCGCUUUGCUUGCUUAGCCAGCCCUAGCUCCAGCCCCAGCCCCAGCAGCUCAGAAGAAGAAGAACAGAAGCUGGAGCCUAAGCCAGGAACCCCGAGUCUCCAGGGAUCCACUGGUCCUUCUCACACUGCCCUGAAACAGGGACAGCGCAGGCCCUGCCAGCUCAUCAGGCCUGCCCAUGGACCUGAUGCCUGGAAGCCCAGGGACCUGGAGCUUGGAUGUGGCAGCCCACCUGUCACAGCCAACUUUGAGGGGGCACACCUCACCACGGUCUUGCCCAAGUCUCCACUCCCUAUCCCUGGUGGGUCCUCCUGGCCACCAUGCUCCUGUAGGGACCUCCAGCAGGAGCUGCACAGCCUCAGAACCAUCCUCUCGGGAAAGCUAGACUGGCUCACUGCCACCCUGGCCAGCCUGUCUCAGGACAUGGUCGCCAUCAAGGACCAGGUGAACCGGCUCAGGCGGCACCCACAGGGCCACAGGCUGAAGGGCUGGGGCUCCUGGCGAAGGUCCAGUGCUUACAGAUGCCCACCCUACCGGAGACCCACAGGCCCUUCCAGGCCCAGACCCAAGCUCCUUCGAGGCCCAGGGGAGGGUGGCUCCACAGGGCCCCCCAUGGGGAAGCGGCCACCUCCAGGUACCUCAGCAUCCUCAGCCAUACCUUCAGGGUCCACCUGCGGCUGCAUAGCCAGAACUGUGCAGCCCCCUAAGAGCUCCCACCCAUCUGAAGUGCCCAGCACUGUAUCUCCCCGGCCUGCCCCGCUUUCUGAGGCCAUUGCAGCCAUGGGACCCCCACAUGCAGUAGCCACACCAGCCACCAUCCUAACUAGGCCCUUGGACAUAAGAGAAGGCCAGGUGACCGUGCCCAAGGGGUUCUGGGGAGGCAUGCACAGAGACCCGCGGUGGGGACCCCUGAGCUUUUCCCCAGUCCUGCUGAGGAUGCCUCUGUCAUCCCCACCCCCCCCGGAAGGGCUGUCCCACUCCUCCAUCCCAGCAUCCAUGGAGCCCUUCUCACCCUUCUGA